GUAAAGAACGACCUCCGUACAGGCGAGUGCACGGAACAGGCCGAGUGAGAGACAGACACAGGAUCGCCGCGCUGUCCGCGGAAUGUGUGAUAUGUAAGCGCGGUACAUGUGCGACCUCGGGCUGGUGGAGUUAUCGCAGCGGUUCAUGUUGUGAGAAUGGCAGGAUCGAGUCUGAGGACAGGACUGUAGGCUGAGCUCAACUUUAUUCGCCUUUUUCCUGGCUCGGACGCGGAACUUGCAGCGCCAAAGGUGAAGAAUGACGGAAUAUAAACUGGUGGUGGUCGGAGCUGGAGGCGUUGGAAAAAGCGCUCUCACCAUCCAGCUCAUCCAGAACCACUUCGUAGAUGAAUAUGACCCUACAAUAGAGGACUCGUACAGGAAGCAAGUUGUGAUUGACGGGGAGACAUGUCUAUUGGACAUCCUGGACACAGCAGGUCAAGAGGAGUACAGCGCCAUGAGAGAUCAGUACAUGAGGACGGGGGAGGGCUUCCUCUGUGUCUUUGCAAUUAAUAACACCAAGUCUUUUGAGGACAUUCACCACUACAGAGAGCAGAUUAAGAGGGUAAAAGACUCCGAGGAUGUUCCCAUGGUCCUGGUGGGAAACAAGUGUGAUCUGCCGUCCCGCACAGUGGAUACCAAGCAGGCUCAGGAUUUAGCACGUAGCUAUGGAAUUCCUUUCAUCGAGACCUCAGCAAAAACGAGACAGGGGGUUGAUGAUGCCUUUUAUACUUUAGUCCGGGAAAUUCGAAAGCACAAGGAGAAGAUGAGCAAGGAGGGCAAGAAGAAAAAGAAGAAGUCCAAGACAAAGUGUAUACUAAUGUGAAUAAUGCCUCCAUUUCAGUAUCAACUCUGAACAGCUGAAAUAUUAAAGAACUGCAUUUUGUACAUUACACUAAAUUAUUAGCCUCUUCAGAGUACAGAAUGGAUCCCUAUUUUCCCUUCAUUUGCUAUCUUACAAACAAAUAAGCUCUUUUUUGUCUAGUGCCAGAUGCCCCAAUGUGUUGGUCCUGAAUUACUCUGUAACGGUUAAUUACAGCCAAAGACGAAAUUAGAUUUAUUAUUUUCUAGGUAUUUCCCCCCAAUAUUUACCUAGAGCUUCUUGUUUAGCAGAUGGAAAGAGAAUAGAGAAUCCUAAGGGUUAUUUUAAUAUGAAUUAAGACUAAAUCUGUGGAGGAGUGUUUUGUGCAGUAUAAAUGAAAGGAUAUCCAGAUGAAUAUUGCAGUUUGCCGCACAUAAUACUAAUAGCGCAGUGAACUUUGCAUAGAAGUAAGUUCCUGUUCCAUAUUCAACUUUUAUUUAAAAAACAAAAAAAACUUUCAAUAUCUUACCCUUGACCCCAUAACUGUUAAAUCUGAUUUGGUUAUAUGAUGUAAUGAGCAGUAUAUAUCCUUCUAUAAUAUCCUUAUUUAGGACCAACACUAUUUGGGGUAAUAUUUUGAUAUCUCCACCACUGUGUAACAGAUGGAUUACCUGUCUGGGAUGUCAGAUUUAUAUUAACCUGCAUGUGAACGUCCAUUGUAGUCCAAUUUUAUGCCUUUGAAUAGUGUGUGUGGAUGGUAACCUCUUAACCCUGAUCAGCGUUUUUAUUUGCAUGCUGUUCUGUGUGUAAUUUCCUAAGAAAGGCAAGGAAAUGUAAAAAUGUUGUGUUAAAAGAGGCCCUGUUCUCAAAGUGGGAAAUUCCUACCCAAUUAAGUAUUGUUUUUUUUUCCCUUCCCUCCUUGCAGACAUGUUUCUUUCAGUGUUCAGUUUAAUUUAAUGAUUUUCCACAUUCACUUAGCUUAGAGAAAAAUCACAAUAGAGUAAUCAAUGAAAAAGACUUAAUGCUUAGAGUAAA